GUAUAAAAAAUAAUGUGCAAGGCAUGGCAAAUCAGCCUAAUUCGGUGAUAUGGUAUUCUGCUUUGGCCAAUAUCUUGAUGUCGGAAGGAUGAUUUUAUAACAGUGGACCAACGGUUGUUUGGCUAUGAGGAUGAUCUAUCUGCCAGUCAUGUGAUACACACAUUCUUUCAGUCUUGUUUUUUAACCUGUCAUGAUCAGAUUUGAGUAUUUAAUUUCCCUUUACCGUUUGGUUGUACCUGAAGUUUCAUUCGUAAUAUUAGCCAGAUAUUGGCCUCGUUAGAUUUUGCAGACUUGAGUGAACGUAUUUUUCCAGUCUUUUGAGACAGUCAAAUCAGGAGGCUGGUUAUCCAAAUAGCGGACGACCAGUCGGAAUAUUCAGUGGAGGAGCGCCUACGUGGCUGGCUUACGCAUUUCGUUCGUUUUCACAAAUUCCAACGGGGGGUGGAACUAGGCCUAGUCGAUUCUUUCACGGGAUAUGAGGACUCGCUUUUAUCCAUUGCGCUGGCAGCUAGACAGUUUUGUUAAGGCGUUAGCGGAAUUUGGAAUAACAAAUAAACAGAAGGUUAUUCAUACUCAAACGAAUGCGUUUAACUUUAAUGGAGUUUCUUGCGCUGGUCUGCUGCGAAACUUCUAGAUCGGUGGGUCAUUGUCGCUUGCACUCUCAGCUCCUAGUUUGAUUCAGUUCCUUUGCAAGUCGUUUAUAAGAGCAAAAUAAUCUGUUCAUCGAAACCUAGUUCCUGGCAACACAAUGCCAAAUAAUGAAGUGAAGCAAAGAAAGAAGGCCACGUCUCAGAAACAACAUGAUGAACCGGCUGAAAGAUCAAAUAACAUUUUCGAAGAUGAAACAAAAAAAGCAAAAGCUAAGGAAGGAUAUUGCUUGACUGAAAUCAAAAGCUCUUCGCAGUCGUCCCUGGAUCUGAAAACGAUAACAUGUCUGCUGACACUGGUGGUUUGUGUGGCGCUUACAUGGGUGGUAUUGCAGCAGAAUGCUAGGGUCUUCGACGUGGAAGAAAAGUACAAACUACUGUCUAGGAAGACUGCAGGUCUCCUUGGAAUACAAGAGGAAGUAAUCGAAGUGUCCAAGAAGCUUGCCGCCUCUGAGGAUGACCUGCAGAGUGCUCUCGCCACCGUCUCCCUGGCAUCGCGCCUCGAACGCGAAAUCUCCUCACUCCACAUUGUGGUCAAGGUGAUGCAGGACGAUGAGAACUCGGCCUCUCGCGAGCUCCAGACCAUCAACAGCCGCUUCACGAACGUGACGGAGGCGUGGCAGGUGGGCCUGUCGUCGCUGACCUCAGACAUGGCCUCUCUGAGGGCGGAGUCCCGCGAAGCGCAUGCCAGCACCACGGAUCAAAUAAACGAGGCAGAGCGGAGAGCCCGGGCGCUAGAUGAGAGGCUGGAGGAACUAGAGGACAGCACCCGGCGGAACACUCGUGCCCUGGGCCGCACUGAGGACGAAGACGCCAAGCAAGCCCAGAACCAGCUGGACUGGAACACCAAGCAGCUCCACAAACUAGAGGACCAAGUCCGGAGCCUGCUCCGAGUUGAUACCCAAAUCAUCACCAAGCUUGAAGAACACAUUCCCCGGGCCCAACAAUGCGAGGCUCACCUACCGGCCGUGGAGGAGGCGGUUCGAUCCAUUCUGAGGCUCGGGGGAGACCUCGGUUCGGCUGAACGUAGGCUGGAGGAGCUCACUCUGCAGGUUUUUGGGACUGAGGACAGCAUGCUCAAAGCCCUGACGGAGAUUCUGGACAUCAGGCGGUCUCUGGAUGCCCUCCAGGCCCACAACAGCAUUCUCAAGAUGAGGAAUGAGCUGGCCAUUGUCAAGGAGACUCUGGGACAGCUCAACAGAAAGGAGGAACGACAGGACAACCAGGGGAAUCAUGGGAUGCAGGAGGGGGAAAGGGGAGGGGGUCAACAACCCAGUGAAUGA